AUGCCCUCCACCGCCUUGGCACCGGUGCAACAGCAGGCCCCACCGCUCCCGUCCCCACAUAACCCCACCCUUGCCAUCCCCAUGGGCAACGCCGACAUCCCUGACGAACCAACCUCGCAGCUUCCAAGUGGCCCUAUCCUUCAGAAAUCUCGCCUCCAAAGAAUACGACGCCGGAUCGGUAUAACAAUAGAGGCCAAAGCUGCACACAUCAUCAUCCUUAUCCUCACCCUUGCCGAUAUCGCACUCAUCAUACUCCAGAUUGGGGCCAGCCUAUUGCACUUGGAUGAAACCGAAGAGGAGACCUGGUUCAUCGCCCUAUUCGGCCAUCUGUCCCUGGCGAUCGUGUCUAUGUUCAUGCUCGAGAUCCUGCUCAAACUGUUUGCAUUUGGUCCACGAUACUUUUGGCGAGGAACACGACACGGUGUCCUACAUCUCAUCGAUGCCAUGAUCAUUAUCACCUCAUUCAUGCUGGAGAUCUUUUUGCAUGGUGCUGCAGAGGAGCUUACCGCUCUUCUGAUUCUCUUCCGUCUCUGGCGCGUGGUGAAGCUGACAGGCACAGUUGCACUGGAGGUAUCAGAGCAUGACGAGGCGCGUGCCGCGGCCCUGGAGGCCAAGAUUCAACAUCUGGAACGGGAACUGGAGGAGUAUCGACUAAAAGUGAGCCGGCUGGAAAGGUUCAAUGAUCUCCAAGGGCAAUAA